GCUGGUUUCCAUGCCUUCACUGUUCGUUUCUACUAAAGCAGCGGACGUCGUCCACUAAUCGAGGGAAAGGUGUUUGUAUCGCGCGGAGGGUACGGAUUAGGAGCAGAGCGUUGUAAUGACAAUGGCCGGCGGUGUAGGUGGCGGAAGUAUUGGUACAUUAGGGCCAACGAUGGAGGGAACCCUAUACAAAUGGACAAACUAUUGGCAUGGAUGGCAACCUCGCUGGUUUCUACUCGAUCAAGGAGUGCUUACCUAUUACAAAAGCCGGGAAGAAGUCCGCCAGGGCUGUAAGGGCAGUGUAAAGAUUUCCGCUUGCGAAAUUGUUCCACACCAACUGGACUUAAAGCGGCUCGAUAUUAUAAUACCCUCCGAGCAGCGUUACUAUCUCAAGGCUGCGUCGGAGACUGAGCGGCAGCAAUGGCUAGUGCUACUCGGAAGUGUCAAGCAGGCGUCAGCCUCUGGGUCAGCUUACUCAGCUGGGACGUCUCAAAGUAACCUUUCGCUAACUGCAGCUGCUACCACUGUCGCGGCGGUUCACAGUGUUAAUGGCCCACCGUCACAACCGUUCGUGAACGCCAACGCAAUCAAAGUCAAGAAAUCCGAACUUCAGCUCUGCUGCGAUAUGGUCAUGCAACAAGCAUACGCAAUCAAAACGUCGCAGGAAACACAAGCAAAAUUAGAAGCAGCGGCAACGUUAAAUUCAACCUGUGAUACCUUUAUUCGGUGCCUCGACUCGUUGAUGAAACUGAUCGAGCGCGCGGAACGUCUAGACGAUGAAGAUAACCGACUAAGAAUGGCCACCGCAAGGGAGCUGAGGCCGCCGCUGCUCGAAUUUACCAACAGCCACGGUACAAUUACAGGAAUGGUGGGGUGUUUGGAAAUACUCCAGCGAAAAACAACGAGUGAAGCCCAUGGGAUGAUAUCCGCGACUUCUUUAGCGGCACCAUCAGAAUCUGUUAAGAUUUCUUCCGCAGUUAUUCACCGGGCCACGACGCAGAAGUCGGAUAAAAAUACUGCCCUUAUCAACGGUGAAACAGCUCCUAAUGAUAGCGAACUGACACAUGAUUCCUUUGACAGCACCAGCAACAAUAACAACUGUAAUAACAAAGAUGUUUCGCAUCGUACACGUAUUUUACUGGGAAGCAACGAAAACACUCGACCAUCUUUAAUGACUCAGGAGGAAAACGACUGUAUUUCUGUGUCUAUGUUAACCGACGACCUUAAUGCUAACAGCUUAUCGUCCGAAGUCAGUUGUGAGGCGAGUUCACCAGAUGAGCCAAACACAUUUUUUAGCGUAAUGACACAUUCUUUCCGGGAUUUUCAUCUGGUAGACAAACAAAUCCCCAUAAAAGAGUUCCUCGAAUGUUGCCGAGAGCUCUUGCCGGUAUUUGAUGCACUUGGUUCAACAGCGUUUGCCCCGGUUAAAAUGGAUAUACAAGGAAACAUAGACAAGUUGGAAAAGCAUCGAAAGGACAGUCGAUGUUUGACUCUUCAAACGCUGGUGCAACGCGAGCUGGAUUUAGGCACAGUAUGGUCGAAGGGGUCGGCAACGGACGCACUUUUAUGGUUGAAACGGGCGCUGGCGUUUAUCUGUUGUUUCCUUAAGGAGGCCUGCUGCCAGCCCGGAGAAGUAGCUUUAGCUCAGUGUGCAGCACACGCAUAUGGAGAAACGCUUAAGAAACAUCACAACUUCGUUGUCAAGGGAAUUUUUUCAGUAGCUGUUCGCGCUCUUCCCUAUUAUUCGACAUUUUUGAAGACAAUGGCGCCCACUCCACAGGCUUCUGGUCACCCUCAGUAUGAGGAAACCCUAAAAAGACAUGGAAUGGAGUAUACCAAACAGCUCCAAGAGAUUGUCACUAUUAUCGAUGUGUUUUACGUUCGUAACGACAUUGUCUCACCAAUUGAUCUCUAACGUAGUCUCAUGUAAUUGGCACACACUUUGCAGAACACCUACUAGCUUGCUGUAAGCUUGCGUGAGACAUUUUGUUACUUCCGGUUCCGGCGAGUGCGUAACUAUAAAAAUUAAGUAAUUCAGCUAUUGCAUUUGAACUUACUACCCUUGUUAAACCUCUGUUUCGAUUUUUUUACAUAAGUAACCGGACUUCUACAUAAAACUGCAGGUAGGAUGACCAAAUAAGUUGAAUAAAUUGUUCAAACAUGACAUCAAUGUAUUCCAAAUUAUGGUACCAUACCAAUAUCCACACUAAUAUACGUACUUCAACAUAGACUACUGUAGACAAAUUAUGCCUCUGGAUGACAUAGCCUAAAUUACAGUUACAUUAAGUUUAGCAGAAAAGAACGGACAAUAUUUCUUGUUAGAGAGACGUGUAUGCACCAACGAACCAAGCAACCGCGUGGAAGACGUUUUGUUAAUAAUUUUACUGUUAUAUAAUUUAAAUAAGGAGAGGCUAGAAAAAUUAUAUGGGGGACAUAAAUUGGUCCUAACGAACUGACAUAAGUGUGCUACUUUACGGGUCUAUUCAAAGCUAAAGUCUCAUGAGGAAUCUGUCAACCUUGUAGUCCUGCAGACAGUUUCUGUGUGCGUGCGAAAACGCUGUGUCUAUAUACCAUGAAAAAAAUUGAAUGUAUUUACACGUUCUUGGGAUUCACACAUAUACAAGCAUAUAAAGGCAGACAUACACACGAAGGCAUGAAGUUACUCAUGAGUACAGAGAAUAACACUGUGUAACCAUGCAUAUUUGAUUGAAUGUAUGGAGGUGUUUCCUAAACCGUUACGCACACAGCUAGUCAUAUUUAACGGUAGGUGGGGUACGCAAUAAUAAAGAGUUGAGUGAUUUCCUACAAAUAGUUAAUGCUUAUUUUUGAUAAUCGAUGCCUUCGGAAUCAGAGGUGUUUUCUUAAAAGUGAUUGUUGCUUUCUUUUGAUAAUCGAUUCCUUCGGCUGAAAUCUUCUUUCUUAUAUGGCAAGACGCUUUUAUCAUGAUGCUUCACUUGCAGAAAUAAGAAUUAUUUAAUAUUUCGUAUGACAAUUUUGGACGUUCUUGAGCGAUACCGUCCUAAAUGUUCAUAUCAGUUUCAGUUUUGGGUCAUGUGAUAUACCAAAGCCUAUUUAAGAUCAUGAAAUUGUAUGGCUUUCAAGACCCCCGGUGUAGGACUGAGGUAAUCAUGUUCCUCGUAACUUUAGGCAAAGCUCAGUACGAUAUGAAGAUUAGGGUCAGUGUAUCUAAAAGGGAACGCACAGCCUAAUAGUCGAAAGCAAUGUAUCACAGUUGUCGUAAAAGUUUUACUAUUCUAGUACAAUAUGGGCCUUCCAGUCGUAUUAAACGCCAACAAUUUUCUAUGCAAGUAAUGUAGAAGAUACUGUUACGUUGAAUUCCAUGAGAGUGACUCUUUUCAGUUCACAAUCCUUGUGAAGGUCAGCUUGAGCACAAUAGGGAAUAGCAUCGCCCGUUUCCACUUAUUCAGUCACGGCCAAUCCAUUCAAAUGAAAGAACCCAGCAAAUUUUGCAAAAUGCAGUCCUAGCGGUACAAUGGCAUAGAUUACUAAUGAAGGAAAAAAGUAGUAGCUAAGUGUUUCAACAGCAAGUGGGAGUUUCUCAGCGUGCCUAAAAUAUUACUAAUCGACUUGAAUUCUAAUUUGAAAUAACUUUGAAGGGAUCUCAGCCACUUUUUUUUGAUUUUCUAAAAUAUUGUACAUGCUUUUCAGGUUUUACACUAUACUUCAGUUGCUAGAUCGGCCCAAAAAUUGGUACCUCUAUGUAAUGAUUAACAAAGCAGAUUCGGUCCGCGAUUCUGGCUAAGCCUUUAUAUCAGAACAAAUCUCUAACUAUGUUAACUUAGGUUUUGCUUUCAUUUAAAUAAUAUCUGGAUUAAAUACAAUAGCGGUGUCACGUUUUUACACCAUUGUUUAAAGUUAUUACAUUUAAGAGCGUCAGGUCAAGUCAGCCUUCCUGUGAAAUUUAGCGUGUACUUGUCGCUUACUACUUAAAUCUCUAAUUAACUGGAAUUACUGACAUAUAGCCAAAUUUGGCGGGAAAUUUGAAAUAAAUUAUUAUGGUAAAUGUAGAUAAGUAACAUCACUAUCGGAGCUUUUUUUUCUUCACUCUUCCAUUAUUGAUAUGAUCCAAUUAGGGAUUUCAGAAUGCGUCACUUAGUUAUCCUAAUAAUGACAAAGCCCUUGUUACGAAUCAUUCUUCGCUGAACAUGCAAAUUGGCCUAAACUGAAACGUAUGCAAAAACGUAAUAGGCUUUAUUAUUUAUCAACGUCGAUUCCACGGACUCGUUCAUUAUUUGGUAGCACUAAUAUUUUCUUCAUAACAAAGGCCUAUUUUUAGAUAUAUUUAGUGCACUCACAGGACAGACAGUUUUUCAUCAUAAGCGUACUGUUACACAGCUAAUACCUUGUACUUUUGACAUAGGUUCAGGGAACUCUUUAUUCAAUACUUAGCUCUAGCAAUUAUCUACUUGAGCACUUUGGAAUAAUUUCGUAUAAUAAAGCAAUAUAUUUCACAGUAUUACAUAGCAUAUUAAAUAUUCUAAUAAACCAACCAAAUUACAACUUCACAUAAUUGUUAUAUAUAUAUAUGUACAUAAUAGAAAUGCAGGUGCCGAACUUAUUCUCAUAUGGACAUAAGCACAUAAUAUCCAUUGGAGCUCUCUUGUAUGAUCAUAUGAUACAACAGUCGGAGAUGCCUCUGUGGUAAACUACCGAAUCGGAGCCAAAGUAAAAAUGGGUAGAAUAGCACUAAAUGCAUAGUAAUCGAUCAUGUGCGCACUUAGAUGAUGAUACAAGUUGUCUUUUCCUAUCAUUAUUGACUUCAAAUCGGCAAACGCUUAAGCCAAGCAAAAAGGCCCCUAUUUAACUAUGUAGUUAAGGGAAAGACUUCUGUAAGUUAUUUCGUAGAGGUAAUCGGUAGCUUUGGCAAGACAGCGUACAUAUAGUUCAGUAAUCACAGCUGGCCAUUAUGCCGCAAGCUGCGGUAAUGGUAGUCACAUCAAUAAGCAAUUUAGUUUUAAUAUUUGUGUACCUGAAAU